CCGAGACCGUCGAAACUCGAGCAGCUGAUCUUGCAGCAUUGCUGAGCUUGGAUCAGCGUGCCCGUCACUCUGCAGCUCAUGCUUGAAGGAGCGCCGAGCCCUCAUCCAGCUUGUGAAGCAUCGCGCAAGCCACUUUACGCAUCAUCAGGGCGAACGGCCAUGCAGCAGCCAACCGUUGAGCAACCAUCGGCAGCGGAUGGAGGCCAGGCAGCUACCGAAAGGGACAGAUCGGCUGAGGUGGCGUGUCUGGACGGCGGGCAGCUGACCAUGCAUAACGAAGCCAUCACGGGAGGCCAGACACCACACACAUCAGGUACGGACACACAGCAGAGCUGCUUCUGUAUCAGAUAAUAGCUGGUUCUUAUGUGUUGAUUCACCAUCUGCAGAAGCAGCAACGUCCGAUGCCGGAAAGGGCAAGGCUCGCCACAGGCACGAGCACCAGUCGAGUGUGGCGGCCGUCGACUCUCGAUCGUCAUCCCCACACUCACCACGAAGGCGCAAGGCAGCCAAGAGUGAUGGUGCGUCGGUGUCUGCCGGUGAUGUGUGGUCGUCCAUCUGUAUGUCUGACCCCCAGUGGGCCGCCGACAGAGACAGCAAGGCCGGCAGCAAGGGGAAGACCGUCAUCACCAAAUCGGGUGAGGAGACCAAGAGGCGAAUCCAACACACCGCUGCAACCGAUUGAUUAUGUGUGGUACCAACUGCAGUGCAUCAGUCUGACGUGGUGGGAGUUUGUUGGCACAACGAGAGGCAGGCCUGGCAGACAACGUGGUACGAGAAGAACGAACGAAAGACACAGUUUUUCUACGUCAGCGAGCAUGGCUAUGACAGAGCCAAGGUGCGCACAACGUCCCCUCUCCCCCUGAGUCUCUCCAUUGUGCAUCCGUCCGUCAGGCGUUGGCCGAGCAGCAUCGUUGUGAGCUGGAGCGCACCGGUCGGGCGGCGGUCAAGAAGCGAGCGGAGCACCAGAGCGGCGUCAGGGGCGUCCACUACCACAAGGGCAGCAACGCAUGGGUGGCCUCAUGGCAGGAGGGCGGCAGACAGAGGAAGGAGAAGAAGCUUUCUGUGCGGCAGCUGGGCUAUGAGGGCGCCAAGCGGGCCGCCAUCUCCCACAGACGGAAGAUGGAGAAACGACACCACGAGUAUCGAGUGGCCGCGUCUCCACCGCCCCCGUCAUUCGAGCUGGAUGAUGACAGUCGUCCACCGAUCCGCCCCACCAAGCGGCGACGCAAGGACACAAUGGAUCACAGCAGCACUGCUGAUGACACCCAACCGACCGACAGCAAUGGGCAGCCAGCCGACGAGUCGGCCAGUGACAUCGCUCGGCUUGACACGACGUGUGAUGCGGCUGCGCUGGCCGUUUUGCUGGAGGGUGUGCGUGCGAGCGAUCCUGGGAGUGGCGGUCGGUAUGAGAUCGUCACAGUGACGGUGGCCGGCCAGCAGACGAGGGCCAUUCGGUGGAGGCCAACAGGUGCGUCUCACUCGUCCGUUCACUGACUGCCGUCCAUUGGUGUGUGUGUGUGGUUACAGGUGUGGAUGUGCCGUCUGAUGGGCGAGUGACUGCCCAGGCCAUGAGGGCGGGGCGGCCUCCCAGAGAGGAGAGGAGCGAUUGGCCACUUCCCCUCCCCCACGCCGAGGCAUCGACGGCAGCGCAUCGCAAUAACGGUGAGCCAGACAGCACUUAGACGCCAGAUUGGGUACACACAGCCUCCCACACGCCCUCUUCUGGCUGUCUGGCUGUGUGUCAAUUGACUCCGGGUGCACCGACCCAGAGGAGCGGCACACGCCAAGCAGCUCUGUCGAUGGGCAUGGCGGCCAUGACGGCCGUGUGGCCUCGGCUGCCCGCAGCCCCCAUCCCAAGCUGUGCGGCCCAGCCGGCCGUCAGGUGGCGGGAGAACUGACGGGCAAUGCGCUGGCUCGCGCACUGGUGCGGUGGAUGAGGGACCAGCAGCCGGGCGAGCUCCAUGCACUAGACAGGGGAGGGUGAGCAUGACAUAGGUCAUGACACUGUCACGUCACUUGUGCAUCUGCGUGUGUCAUAUCUGUGUCAGUAUCGGCAUCUCGUGGCGGACCAACUACAGUUGUGAGGCUUACUUCUGGGACAGCGACGCAUCGACGGCCGUCGAUCUGCGUCAGUUUCCCGUCGGCCACGGCGCUUCCCCCGCGGCCAUCUUCACGGCCUUUCGUGAGGCCGUCGAGUACCGCAAUGCGCUCCACCGGUCGCGUGUGGGCGAUCGGGCAAUGCUCAUCGAUCUGUCGUGGCUGCAGCGAGCACAGCAGGGGCAGGGGCAAGGCGGCGUCCCUGGUGUCCCUCCCAACCGCAACAGUCAUCUGUACGGGGGCAGCAACCGCAGCAAGAGGCCCAGGCUCGACCCACCGUUGGACCCCCCUCUCUGUCCCCGCCCUGCCCCGGCCGCCGCUCCUCAUCUCCCGGCCCGCCCCCCUAUGAGUCGACAGGGCGACGCGACACUGGGCCGACGUGCCCGGCAGAGGAGCAUCGUGGCUCGGGCGGCCCGCCAGUCUGAUGACGGCAGCCGCUCACCGUCUCCCCAGCCACGACGGAGGCGCAAGGCGGCCAAGAGGGAUGGUGCGUCGGUGUCUGCCGGUGAUGUGCUGUCGUCCAUCGGUAUGUCUGACCCCCAGUGGACCCCCAACAGAGACAGCAAGGCCGGCAGCAAGGGGAAGACUGUCAUCACCAAACCCGGUGAGGAAACCAACAAGCGAAUUCAACGCAACAGCGCAACCCGAUUGAUUAUGUGUGGUACCAACUGCAGAGCAUCAGUCUGACGUGGUGGGAGUUUGUUGGUCCAGCGCGAUGCAGGCCUGGAGGGCAUUGUGGUACGAGAAGGGCGACUCGAAGAAGCAGAAGUGCUUCUACGUCAAAGACCAUGGCUUCGACACAGCCAAGGUGCGAACCACGUCCCCUCUUGCCCUCUCCCUCUGAGUGUCUCAUAUGUGUGCUUCCAUCUAUCAGGCGUUGGCGGAGGAGCAUCGUCGUGAGCUGGAGCGCACCGGACGGGCGUCGGUGAGGAAGCUAUCAAAGCACCAGAGCGGCGUCAAGGGCGUGUGGUACGACAAGGCGAACAAUUGCUGGAUGGCCAGCUGGCAGGAGGGCGGCAAAGAGAAGAGAAGCCCUUCUCAAUCGCUGAGCUGGGCUAUGAGGGUGCCAAGCAGGCCGCCAUUGGACAUCGCCGGGCGAUGGAGGCGAAGCAUUACAGAUACCACAACAAGAGAGAGACGGCCGCCGAGUGAGUGACAGAGGCAUAGAGGGAAGGAUUGAGGGAGGGAGAGAGCGAGGGAGAGAGCGAGGGAGAGGUGGGGCCGUCUGACGGAUCUAAGACUUAGGUGGGGCCGUCUGACGGAUCUAAGACUUAUGGCAUUCU